AUGGUUCGUUGUGGUUCUCGCCGCUGAGCUCGAGCCCAGGCCCAAGUCUCGCGAGAGGGGGCCCGGUGGGCUGCUGAGGCAGAGGAGGAAGGAAGGGCGGGCGGCGGCGGCGGCUGACGGGGGAGGCCGAAAGGACGGGAGAAGGACCCGGCGGCGGCGGCGGCCGUGGGGGUGGUCGUCGUCCUCCUCGCCCCUGACGGCUGAGGGAGGCGCGAUCGGCCCCGCCCGCGGAGAGGAGCGCCAGCGGCCUCCGGCCCGGCCCGCCCUCCCUUCGGCCCCUCCCGCACCGGAGCGGACCAGGCGGGCGGGCGGGCGCGAGAGGCAGGCCGGGCGAGGAGGAGGAGAGGCGGCGGCGACCUGAAGGUGGGUCUUGUCGUUGCAUCUUCUCCUGUUCAGUGGCACCCACAGCACUCUGACGUGUCAUACUGAAAAGUAGUGGCAUUUUGCAGCUACAGCUCCCUGGCACCUUUGUCUGCUUCCUGCUCUAAAUCUGAGGGGAGAAACAUUGUUGAGUGAUCCAUGCUGAAGAGGCUCCAUUCAUACAGAUGAGCCCAGGGUCGAGGUGGCACUUUAAACCCAGAUAGUCAGUCGGCUCACUGCCCAGCAGAAUGCCAUCCACCAGCCGAGCGGGCAGCCUGAAGGACCCCGAAAUUGCAGAUCUCUUCUUCAAAGAAGAUCCAGAGAAGCUCUUCACGGAUCUCCGCGAGAUCGGCCAUGGAAGCUUCGGAGCUGUUUAUUUUGCACGUGAUGUGCGCACCAAUGAAGUGGUGGCCAUCAAGAAAAUGUCUUACAGUGGGAAGCAGUCCAACGAGAAAUGGCAGGAUAUCAUUAAAGAAGUCAAGUUCCUACAAAGAAUUAAACAUCCAAACAGUAUAGAAUACAAAGGCUGCUAUUUGCGGGAGCAUACAGCGUGGCUUGUUAUGGAAUACUGUUUAGGAUCAGCAUCAGAUUUACUAGAAGUCCAUAAAAAGCCGUUGCAAGAGCUGGAGAUUGCUGCAAUUACCCACGGUGCUCUCCAAGGUCUAGCAUACUUGCAUUCCCACAACAUGAUCCAUCGAGACAUCAAGGCAGGGAACAUCCUACUGACGGAGCCAGGCCAGGUGAAGCUCGCUGACUUUGGAUCUGCUUCCAUAGCAUCUCCUGCCAAUUCGUUUGUGGGGACGCCAUAUUGGAUGGCCCCAGAAGUGAUAUUAGCCAUGGACGAAGGGCAGUACGAUGGUAAAGUCGACGUAUGGUCUCUUGGGAUAACGUGUAUUGAGUUAGCGGAGAGGAAGCCUCCUUUGUUUAAUAUGAACGCAAUGAGUGCCUUAUAUCACAUAGCACAGAAUGAAUCCCCUACACUCCAGUCCAAUGAAUGGUCUGAUUAUUUUCGAAACUUUGUAGAUUCUUGUCUCCAGAAAAUCCCACAAGACAGGCCGAUGUCGGAGGAACUCCUGAAGCACGUCUUUGUCCUCCGGGAGCGCCCCGAGACAGUGUUAAUAGACCUGAUCCAGAGAACAAAGGACGCGGUCAGGGAACUGGACAAUCUUCAGUAUCGCAAGAUGAAGAAACUCCUCUUCCAGGAAGCUCACAAUGGGCCCACCGUGGAAGCCCAGGAAGAAGAGGAGGAGCAAGACCAUGGCAUGGGCCGGACAGGAACAGUGAACAGUGUCGGGAGCAACCAGUCCAUCCCUAGCAUGUCCAUUAGUGCCAGUAGCCAAAGUAGUAGUGUUAAUAGUCUUCCAGAUGCCUCGGACGACAAGAGCGAGCUGGAUAUGAUGGAAGGCGACCACACGGUGAUGUCCAACAGCUCAGUCAUCCACUUGAAGCCGGAGGAAGAAAACUACAGAGAGGAUUCUGACUCUCGAUCGAGAGUGUCGGAGCCACAGUCUCCACCCCAGGUGUCUCGCCACCGAUCCCAUUACCGCAACCGAGAGCACUUCGCUACCAUACGCACAGCAUCGCUGGUGACGAGGCAAAUGCAGGAACACGAGCAAGACUCGGAGCUGCGGGAGCAGAUGUCGGGCUACAAGCGCAUGCGGCGGCAGCAUCAGAAGCAGCUCAUGGCCCUGGAGAACAAGCUGAAGGCCGAGAUGGACGAGCAUCGCCUGAGGCUGGACAAGGACCUGGAGACGCAGCGCAACAACUUCGCGGCGGAGAUGGAGAAGCUCAUUAAGAAGCACCAGGCGGCGAUGGAGAAGGAGGCAAAAGUCAUGGCCAACGAGGAGAAGAAGUUCCAGCAGCACAUCCAAGCGCAGCAGAAGAAGGAACUGAACAGCUUCUUGGAGUCCCAGAAAAGAGAGUACAAACUGCGCAAGGAACAGCUCAAAGAGGAGCUGAGUGAAAACCAGAGCACUCCCAAGAAAGAGAAACAGGAGUGGCUGUCCAAGCAGAAGGAGAACAUCCAGCACUUCCAGGCAGAGGAAGAGGCUAACCUGCUCCGGCGGCAGCGGCAGUACUUGGACCUGGAGUGCCGGCGCUUCAAGAGGCGGAUGCUGCUGGCGCGCCACAACCUGGAGCAGGAUCUUGUCCGGGAGGAGCUGAACAAGCGGCAGACGCAGAAGGACCUGGAGCACGCCAUGCUGCUGCGCCAGCACGAGUCCAUGCAGGAGCUAGAGUUCCGGCACCUCAACACCAUCCAGAAGAUGCGCUGCGAGCUCAUCCGCCUGCAGCACCAGACGGAGCUGACCAACCAGCUGGAGUACAACAAGCGGCGGGAGCGGGAGUUGCGGCGCAAGCACGUCAUGGAGGUCCGGCAGCAGCCCAAGAGCCUGAAGUCAAAAGAGCUGCAGAUUAAGAAGCAGUUCCAGGACACGUGCAAGAUCCAGACCCGGCAGUACAAGGCGCUGCGGAACCACCUGCUGGAGACCACCCCCAAGAGCGAGCACAAGGCCGUCCUGAAGCGGCUCAAGGAGGAGCAGACCCGGAAGCUGGCCAUCCUCGCCGAGCAGUACGACCACAGCAUCAACGAGAUGCUCUCCACGCAGGCCCUGCGAUUGGAUGAGGCACAGGAAGCGGAGUGCCAGGUCUUGAAGAUGCAGCUGCAGCAGGAACUGGAGCUGCUGAAUGCCUAUCAGAGCAAAAUCAAGAUGCAGGCCGAGGCUCAGCACGACCGGGAGCUCCACGAGCUGGAGCAGCGGGUGUCCCUGCGCAGGGCGCUCUUGGAGCAGAAGAUCGAGGAAGAGAUGCUGGCAUUACAGAACGAGCGCACAGAGCGGAUCCGGAGCCUGCUGGAGCGCCAGGCCCGGGAGAUCGAGGCGUUUGACUCGGAGAGCCUGCGGCUGGGCUUCAGCAACAUGGUCCUCUCGAAUCUCUCCCCUGAGGCGUUCAGCCACAGCUACCCGGGAGCUUCAAGCUGGUCCCACCAUCCUUCCGGGGGUGCCAUGGGGCCUCACUGGGGUCACCCCAUGGGUGGCCAGCCGCAAGCGUGGGGCCACCCGAUGCAAGGCGGCCCCCAGCCAUGGGGUCACCCCUCAGGGCCCAUGCAGGGGGUACCCCGAGGGAGCUCGCUAGGGGUCCGCAACAGCCCCCAGGCUCUGAGGCGGACGGCUUCUGGGGGACGGACGGAGCAGGGCAUGAGCAGAAGCGCCAGCGUCACUUCGCAAAUCUCCAACGGGUCACACAUGUCUUAUACAUAAUAGCGUCAAGAUCUGUACCUGAGGGUGGCAAUUCCACUGGAGCUGUCUGCCAACAGACACUGCCGACAGGCACCCCUUCCCGGGAGGCCGGCCUGGGCAGUGCGGACUCUGGGUGCCGACUGGCGAGUGCGUUCGUUUUGGACAGCAUUCUGUUUUGGGUUUACUAAUUGGGAUGUCAUAGUAUUUGGCUGCAGAGUCUCUCCCUCUCUCUUCCCUUCUUUCUUUUUUUUUAAAAAAAGAGAUUAUUCUAAGGACGUGGUGUGGAGUCCAGGAGAGAGGGGCAGCUCUUUCAGUGGUAAGGGGUGGUCCUUCCAUCUGCUCCUUGCCCUGCUGGAGUGAAGGAAAGGAGGGAGGGCAGGUGUCCCCUUACCCAAACUCUUGAUGAAUUAGCCAAAUCAGGGGUAAGCCCAUGCACUCCUGCUUUCCUCUCUCUCUAUUUAAAUCCCCCCCCCCCCGCGCACAAGGGACCCGGCAGAAAUGUGCCACUAAGAAGUAGGGCCAGGAGGAUUGCGCCUGCUGAGAGGAGCUGGGGGGAGGGCAGGCGGCGCUGUGCCCCCAACGCACGCUUUCUCUGUUGCACUAAGAGGUGAAGUUGCUGGUUCAGAGCACACACGAUCACGUACUUGGGACAGAACUGCACUGGUCCAAUGCGCCUGCUAGAAACCUGUUUGCCGUUCAGCCCAACAGGCUGUGGGGGGGUGGCUGCUGGGGAGGAAGGGCCAGAGAGGCCGCCUCUUUCUUUCUGGCUUAAUACUGUGACAUCUCAUUUUAGUGAAGCAUCAGAACAACUCACCAGACGCCCGGAAUCGCCCUGGUCUGUCUGCUGUGCUCUUGAGAUAUAUAUAUAUAUAUAUUUUUGGGGGGGGGAGACUUGCAGCCAACCAGUCCAAAUUCCCAGAGGUAUUGUGAACGAUGCCAUAAUGUGCAAACAUGCCAUUUGGCAAGCAAGGAGCUUUCCUCCUUUCUAACACUACAUUUUCAUUUUGUUGUAUUUUGUUCACCUCCUUGGUCUUGCCAGUUUUUUCUCGUUUACAUGUAAAGCCGCGGCCAACGUGCGUCCUGAGUGUUUUAGUUGCCAUGGGGAGCGAAGCACCGUUGGGGUCCCUCGCCCUCCCCCCACCCCCAGCUGCUGACUGGCCUGUUGCAGUUCCUCUGUAGACAUCUGCAGCGCACGACCUGUCCUUUGCCCAGGUUCUCGGUUGCUGCGAAUCCUCCCCGACACCAUUUUUAAGCCAUUGCGGUCGCCAGAGGCUUUGCUCCCAAGCAGGUUCCAGGUUGGGUGGGGGCUUAGGAACAAGUUUUUCCAAAAGCUAGACUCUGCCCCUCUUUUUGCGCCCGGGAAAUUUGGGGCCUUGGUCGUCGAGGCAGCAAAAGAUGUACAGCAAUUAGCAUCAGCCAGGGGCUAAGCUGAGGGGAGCUUGACCUGAGGUGAAGAAAGAGGUGGGGGAAGAGAUUGUCCUCACUGCAGUUGGCGUUCCUUGUAAAUUUCCCUUGCACAUUUAAACAAACACUAGCUACUAACACUAGGAUUUUGCCUUUUAACACAUCUUUAGGGCUCAGAAAUGCAAGGUUUCUUCUGAAUGUGUUCAUGUCCAUGCGACACCUGUAUACAAAAUACUCAAACAUCUGUCACACCGCAGCUUGGUUCUUUUUUAAAAUCAGUGUGACCUUUUUUUAAAAUAUUUUUGUUGUUAUGUGCCUUCAAGUCGACUACAACUUAUGGCGACCCUAUGAAUCAGCGACCUCCAAGAGCAUCUGUCGUGAACCACCCCGUUCAGAUCUUGUCAGUUCAGGUCUAUGGCUUCCUUGAUGGAAUCAAUCCAUCUCUUGUUUGGCCUUCCUCUUUUUCUACUCCCUUCUGUUUUUCCCCAGCAUUAUGGUCUUUUCUAGUGAAUCCUGUCUUCUCAUGAUGUGUCCAAAGUAUGAUAACCUCAGUUUCAUCAUUUUAGCUUCUAGUGACAGUUCUGAUUUAAUUUGUUCUAACACCCAAUUAUUUGUCUUUUUCGCAGUCCACGGUAUCCGCAAAGCUCUCCUCCAACACCACAUUUCAAAUGAGUUGAUUUUUCUCUUACCCGCUUUUUUCACUGUCCAACUUUCACAUCCAUACAUAGAAAUCGGAAAUACCAUGGUCUGAACGAUCCUGACUUUAGUGUUCAGUGAUACAUUUGAGGACCUUUUCUAGUUCUCUCACAGCUGCCCUCCCCAGUCCUAGCCUUCUUCUGAUUUCUUGACUACGGUCUCCAUUUUGGUUAAUGACUGUGCCAAGGUAUUGAUAAUCCUUGACAAGUUCAAUGUCCUCGUUGUCGACGUUAAAGUUACAUAAAUCUUCUGUUGUCAUUACUUUACUCUUCUUGACGCUCAGCUGUAGCCUUGCUUUUGUGUGAAAUUAAAAAGAAAACACUCCAGAUUCUUAGCUCCUCCCCUGCUCUCUUUCUCUCUGACCUCCAGUUCAUAUCACUGGGAACAAAGAUGACCCUAUAAGCCAAAUCAGCCCCUUUCUUUAAAAUAGAGAGAGAGGAGGAUGAAGGAAGGGGCUGAUGUGAGGAAGGAGGGGCCUUCUAAUGCUGAACUGUGCACAGUUGUCCUCGCCAAACAUCGGGGAUUCUUUUGAAAGUGGUGUGGCAGGGGGCAAAUAAGGUCACAACAACCCUGUUUUGGUCCUGCUUUUUAUAGUCUGGGGCGCGUGUGUGUGUGCCUGCCAAAAUCUCAGUAGCGCUCUUCUUCCUAGCUAACCUGACUUCAGGGAGAGAGAGGGGGGACACUCUCAUCCAUCAUUUCUUUUCAGUUGACUUUGACAUUUGAACCAUUUAAUUUAUUUCUAAAAGGGGACAGGAAGGGAGAGAGAAAAGAGCCCUGAAUUUUUAACCUGGAAAAUGCCUCCACCACCGCCUCCAGUUCAGUUGGAUCCCCUGAACCUCUGAAAUGACUCCAUUUUUAGGCUGUACCACAUCAAUCACAUGGUGCUAACCACUGAAUGUUUUUUUUUGGGGGGGGGGUGAGGGAACUUCUCAUUUCUGGUUUUCCAAAACACACACACACAGACCAAGGAGCAAUGACAUGAGCCAGGCUUUGGCAAGCUAGUGCCCUCCAGAUGUUUUUGAUGACAGCUUCCAUCAGCCCCCGCCAGCGAGGGGCAUCUGCUGGGGCUGAUGGGAGUUGUAGUCCAAAAGAGCUCUAGAGCACCAGGUUGGCAGGGGCUGAAUUAUGAGCGGUACUUGAGAACCCCAUUGCUUCAUUCAUGCAUUCUUGUUUGCAUUUGUGAUAAAAUUUUGGGCAGACUUGAUGUUGGGGAGGGGAUGUUGUCCUUCCCUGAAAUCAUCUUGUUUGCGGGAUGCAAAACAAGGCUUCACUCCUGCCUUUUUCACCCUCUCCCUCCAUGCUGUCUGUUUCAAUAUUAGCACUUUUUAAAAAAAAGGGGGGGGGAGAGAAUUGUGGUGUUGUAACCAGAUCGUUUCUCCCUAUGCCCCUUCCAUGUACAACAUCAUGUGCCAGACCCUGGAUUUAUUCAAUUAAUUAAUAUUUUAAUUAAAAUAGUUUGGAAAACUGAAUCACAUCCAUUGGUCUAAAUGUGUUGUGGUGUGUGUGUGCUCACAUCUGCAGGUGUGUAUGUGUGCUGAGAGGGUGCCAGGAGGUGGUCUGAGCCAGCCAACUUUGCAGAUGUCUCUGAUCUCUUUUUUGAAUUAAAUAAAUUUGCCAUUUAGGGAAGCCAGUUGCAUUUUUAAUUUUGCAGGGAUGCAGAUUCCCUCUCCUCCUAUCUUUGGUGAAAGAGCCACUUAUUUUAUUUACAUGUUCUUCUGAGGUGCAUAUACCUUCUGAAGUUGAUUUGCAACAUUUGAGAGGCUUUUUAGAAUUCCUUAACUCUGCUGUAGUCAACUUGCAUCCCUUCCCCCAAAACGCUUGUUAGUUUCCUUCCUUCCUUCCAUGUUUAUCCCCUGGGAGUUGUUUCUGGAUGCCUCCCUCCUUUUUUUAGUUCCAUUAUGAAAUCCAUCUCUUAAAGCAAUGCACAUCAUACUGGGUCCCAGGCACAAUGUCGCUUUGCAUAUCCUUCAUCCCAGCGGUAAUGAAUCCUUCAGAAAGAGCUCCUUCCUCCCAGAUAAGUGUGGCUGUGUCUGUCCAGAGUAGAUUUCCCUAGGAAGUGGCAGAGGGCGUAAGGCAGGGGUGAGGAAUCUCUGGCCUUCCAGACGUUGCUGGACUACAAUUCCCAUCUUCAUCCCUGCUCAUUGGCCAUGCUGGCCGACUGGAGCUGGAGUCCAGCACCAUCUUGGGAGGGCCACAGGUUCCCCACCCCUGCCCAAAGAGGAGGCGCCGGUACAGAAUGGCAGAUUCAUUUGGCCUCAUCCACAGUGCCACAAUCCCAGAGGUUAAAUUCUGCUGGCUGAAGUUGAUGGGAGUUGUAGUACAAAACAUCUAGAAGGUGCCAGGUGAGGUGAAGGUGGUCAUAAAAGAACAGGACAUGUCCAACGGCAUGAAGCAAAGAAAGGAAAUUCAGGAGCCGUUUUGGGUAGGGCCUACCUGCUCUUUGGUAGCUGCUGGAACUCUGACACCCAAGUGGUGUUUUAGGGGGUCUAGAAAAUGAUUUUCCUUCAUGAGCACUGUGUGUAUAUAUAAACCCCCAAGACAUAUUAAUGUGGAAGGAGAGGGGUGCAAAUACCUGAAAUGUCCCCUCCGUGAUCUCUCAUUUUAUGUUUUGAGGGAGGUGGCACCUGAGCACUGCUAUGUUGAUUAUCUUGUUGCAGCAUCUGCUUUUUUAAAAAAAAACCCAAACCUUGCAUGUGUUGUAGAUUUCCUUUUCAACACAGUGGCUGCACCUGCAUUCAUGGUUUCUUCCUAGGAAGUUGAAAGCAGAGCUCAGAAUGAUGCCUCUGAGGAGGGUGUUUUCUGUGAGUGAUUUUAUUUCUGUUUAUUUUUUUCCUGCAUAACCCCACAGCCACAGAUUCGAGUGCCUUCCACUUUUAGUUAGGCAGUCUGAGGGCAACACAGACUCCUCAAACACACACGACUCUCUGGGUACAUUUUAUAUACAUGGGCUUCUGGUUGUGUAUCUAGUUAAAUGUUCUUGUGUGUCUGACUCGUGUUGUGGACCAGAGGGUAAGGGGCAUCCUUAAUUCGGCAUGAGGUUGAUUUGAGUGUAGUUAAAAAGGACCUCUUCACCUUUUGUAGAUCACCAGGGGAGGGCUGGUUGAGUUUUUCAGAGCAGUGUCUGGCUCUGGUGCUGUGAAAUCACAAGUCAUGAGUCUGCUGGAGAGGGAGAGAAUGAAGUGAUGCACUGGGACUAGAUCACCUUCAAGUGGAGACUAUCUUCUGGUCUCCCUGUUCGUAGACUUCUGCUGACACUGCACAGUUACUGUCUGUCUCUCUGUGUGUAAAAGCUAGGAAGUCUCCAAGAAGGGCAACAGUGAAAAUAUAACCCCCCCCCCCCCAAUCUUGUUGGUAGCUAAGAAGUGGAUGGGCCAUGCUUGAGGCUACUCCAGCUCUUAACCUUUUUGCAGACUUAAGAACGUACUGGUUCUUUGACAUCUAACAGCCUUGAAACCCAUGACUGCAAAAGGUAAAGGUAUCCCCACACUUGUAUUGCGAGUCGUUUCCGACUCUUAGGGUGGUGUCUUGCGAUGUUUACUAGGCAGGCCGUAUAUAUGGGAUGGGAUUGCCAGUUCCAUCCCCGGCCUUUCUUCACCCCCCCAGCAUAUGCCGGGUACUCAUUUUACCGACCAUGGAUGGAUGGAAGGCUGAGUGGACCUCGACCCCUUUUACCGGAGAUUCGACUUCCUCCUUUCGUUGGAAUUGAACUCCGGCCAUGAGCAGAGCUUCGGCUGCGUUACCGCCACUUACCACUCUGUGCCACGGAGGAUCUUAUGAUUGCAAAAGACAUGCUUAAGUAUGCAGCCCCCUGCUGGGUUCAUACAAUGCGUUUGCCUUGUAGGUCCACACAGGGAAGGAAUUCCUUUGUGAACUUUUAACAUCUGAAGCAAGCCCAGUGUACCGAAAGUGGGCCAGGUGUGUCCAAGCAGAUCAGUCCAUUCCUUGAGUAAAGAAUUAGCUCAUCCCUCUGGUGGAGAGGAAAGGAGAGAUGGACCUGUGGUCCUCUAGAUGCUGGAUUCCAGGGCCCAUCGGUCCCGGCAACCAGAAUGGUCACUGGUCCAGGGAUAAUGGGAGUUUGAAUCCCACAACAUUUGGAGGGCCAUGGGUUCCCCCUUCCCUGCAAUGGGGCAUGAAUGAAGCACGGCACCUGUCACUUGAAACCUGCCUUUGAACAGCAAUGGGGAGGUAGAUUGUCCCAUGUACAAAAGCAAGGUUAGCUGUUUUGAGUUCUCUGCUGGCGUUACCACGGUAGCCAUGUAUAUUUUAAUGUUGCUGAGAGCCCUCAAAACUCAACUCAUCUUCUUCCAAACCAGUUAAUGUUCUUUCUAAGCUCACGGCGUUGGGUCUAGCUUACUCGUACCAAACAAGGAUAAUGUUCUGCUUCCAAUAAUGCUGACUCGAGUUGUGUAACACGAAUGGAACAUAUGUCCAUUUUUUAAAAAUGCUCUUUUCCCCCAGGUGUGGGGAGCCCAAAACCUUGGGUAAACACUUGCUCCAGAGGCGACAGGGCUGUUGUCAGCAAAUGAGGCCUGCGUGAGCAAUCAAGGUGUUUAAUUUGCUGUCAUGAGUGCUCUUAGCAAUUGUACAGUCCUUUUCCAAGCCAUCACUGCAACUGCUACAGCCUAGGUUCUAGUAGGGUGGAAAAGGUACAUGAACCACUCCCAAACUUUCCCUCGUUUAGCCAGAGCCCAGCGUUUUGACCUCUUCAUCAACCAAAUGCCACCCUGUCUUAAUGAGGACUGGCCUCUUGCCAACUGGGAGCAAUGCAAACUUUGAAAGAGGGCAUUUCUUCACCACUAGCAUUCAUCCAUGGCCUGCCUUUCCCCUCUCAAAAUUACAGGUAACUUGGGACUGCGUGCAUUGUUCCCAGUAUUCCUGACAACCCUUUUAGAGAACGUGGGGAAAGAGGUGCUAUCGUUUAUCUGUAAAAACUAGCUUAACAAAAUUACUUGUGUGUUUUUGUGUGCACGCUUUUGAAAUUCUGGAAUCUUUUCUGCCCUCACCCCUUUAAACACUAAAUGUUUAAAUAAAAGCUAUGGGGUGUGUCAAAAGGCAAGCUCUGAUCCAAAUUUUAACACACCUUGAGCUUGAUAGAUCUUAGUGUCUGAUUCCCACGUUUGGGGUGCCUGCAAUCUUUCCUAUCUGUUUUCACAAGCAUCUCUUCCCCUCCCCCCCUCCAGCCUUUUUGUAGGGAAACGUUCUUGGAUCUGAGAGAGAAAAAAGCCCUAUAGCCAAAUGCUGAGGGAAAGAGGUGAACCUGAGUUGCCUGCUGUUUGAUCCCGGCAUCGCAGAUUUCUAUGGCAACUCCUAGCUCAGCGGGAAGUCAGGCUCAAAAGACCGUAGUUAAUGGAUUGCAACUUGCAGACUCUGACUUUGGCAAGAGAAACUAGCUUUUUUUCCUUUUCUUUUUCUGCUGGAGAGAAUCCUUGCUCAAAAGCAGCAAUAUAUAGGCUCUUUGUCUGUCUGUUCUACCUCCCUCCCCUUCCAACCAUUUUCUGUUUGGAUGAACGGAUGCAAAGAGAGAUGGAGGAAGAUUAACUGCUGUUGGGCACCCUUGGCUUUCCUAGGACUGAAUGUGGCACUGAGGCAUUUUGGAAUCGGCCUAUACAUUUGCUUGAGAGUAAAAGCAAAGCGUUGAAUGACUUCCCCUGACACAUAGGUAUCCAGGGCUCCAUGUGUGUCACAGAGGAGAGAGAGGGGAACAGAGCUUGGCUAGCUGACCCUCUUGCAUGGAAUCCUCUUUUCUCUUCCUCUAGGAUGUUGGAUCCACAGGAGCAAUUGGGAAUUGGGCGCUGGUCAGGAGUACCCAGCCUGCACUUCGCACAUUACUGCAGAAACUGUACGCGCCAUACAUUUAAAGCGCAUGGCUUCCCCAAAGAAUCCUGGGACGCGUCGCAUGUGAAGGGUGCGGAGUAGAGUACAGUUCCCAGGAUGCCUUGGGGGAGCCAUGCGCCUUUGGUGUAUGGGGUGUACACAGCCUGGGGGAGGGACAGUUGACUCUGUGUUGUUGUAUGGGGCUGAGUUGACCCGCAGGCGGUGAGAAAGCAAUGGAAGGGGCAGGUGGUUGUAUCUAGCCAAUGUGAUCACCCCCCAAUUUUCACUUUUCCACCUGAUUUUUUUUAAAAAAAUAAAAGCCUCUAGCACAUAACCCCACACCUGAAAAAUCUACAUUGGCUGAAAUGGUUGUGCCAACACUAAAAGGUGUUUUUUCUUCUUAAAAUAACGAGUACUCCUGUCGCUGCAUGUCCUCCUGUGGUUUCUUCCCAGUGUGUGUGGGGGGGCUCAAAGGUGAGCAGCACCAAGGGGGGGUCGUGGGGGGUGGCGUUGCAUCAGUGCGCAGUCUCUGAGCUGCCCGGCUCCUCUGUGCAUGAACCAGUCAAAGGGUCAACCUGCUGCCCAUCUUUUGCUCACCUUGAAGGCCUCUGAGGCACGUGUGCGAGUUGUGAAUAGUGUACAUUGGACCUUUACGAAGCAAAACCUGGAAGCUUGCUUAUAUUGUGAAGAUUACUUUAAAAACAAAAGGCGAGACUUGAUUUCUAAUGAACUAUUAACACAACUUCAGUGUAAAUUUUAUCCCACUUGGGGUUUUUUUAAAAAAAGCAUUUUGAAUGUAUAAUCUUCCUCCCUGCCUGCCUUCCCCGGCUGGUCAGCCAACUUGGCUUAUUCUACCAACCAGUUGGAUGUUCUAUUUAUUAAUUUUGUAAUAAUUAAUUUCCCCUACCUCUUGAGUUGAAGGCUUUUUGUUGUGGUUUUGGAUGUUAUAUUUUCUCUCUCUCUCUCUCUGUGCCCACCCCAUCCCAUUGUGCACAAGGGUUGCAUAUGUUAAAAUUACGUUUUAAUUAAGAAAAUCCUCCAACUCCCCCUUCCGGUCUUGUAGUUUUAUAUUUUUAUUGUUCCCUGUUUGCAGCUUACUGUGCAAGCUGCCUGCUCAUUUCCCCCCGAUUGUCUGCUCUAUAGACACCUCCUAACUUGAAAGGAAAGAACCAAACCACCACGGUAGCACCGUUUGCCAACUGGAGGAAAGUCAAAAGCCCCCAAAGAAAGAUGCACACCUGUAGUUGGAGAGACCGCUUAAAGUGGCAGAUGAGAGCAAGCUCAUUGGGCUGUGAGUUUCUAUACCCUCUGUGCCCUGUUGACAGCGAAAUGUAAAGUCCCCUUGGUUUUGGAGAGAGAGUACUUUGUGCUGGGUUUGAGCGUCUGAAAGCGAUGAAUACAGAGUGGCCGGCGUAGCCCAGGUGUGGCCCUCCAGAGGUUGCUGAACUACAACUCCCAUCAGCCCCAGCAAACGGGCAAUGGCCAGGGGCAAUGAUGGGAGUUGUAGUUCAGCAACAUCUGGAGGGCCAAAGAUUCCCCACACCUGGGCUACCCUGGUUUCCCCUCCAGUUGUUUUGGAGUACAGCUCCCAUCAGGCCCAGCUGGUGAAGAAUGGCAUGCAGGAAUGUUCUUUUAAUGCUCUGACCCAACCAAAGCAGGGCUUGCCCUCGUGGUACGAGGCCUUGCUGUCUGCCCAGAUUUCUGAAAAGCGUUGGGACAGCCUCUCUGCAGAGCCCGCUCAGCAGCCUGUAGAUUUCAAAAGAGAAGGAACUCGGGGAGGGGGGGGGAGAGAGAGAGUGGCCAAACCUCUCCAUUUUUUGUCUUGUUUUAUAGAGGAUCAACUAUGAGGUGCUUCAGGGUGGCUGUACGCCUGCAUUGCAGGUUGGCUCCUCUGAGAACAGGCCUUUGGCCUCAUGCAGCAGGCUUAUGUUCUUAUCAUUUUGCUUUGGUUUUGGAGGUGCUGAGAGGACCCCAGCCUGGCAUGAGUGAGCGGCCCCUCUCCAUCCCACUGCAGGCGUGCAUUUUCCUUGGCUGGCAAAGCGUGCCGUGAGCGAUUCAGGCUUCUCUCUUGUACAAUCAUUCUUGUCAGUAUUCCGCUCUUCUGGUUUCAGGCGUAUAUAAUAGCUCAUAUAUAACCCUGUAUUGAUUGUAUAGAUUGUGCAUUUAAAGCUGUUACCAAGGUUUGUGGAGUGGUGAGGGAGGGAGGAAAGAGGGGAAAUAAGAGAACAGAGGUCCUAUGUCAUAUUUUGUUUGUAAGUAUCCUUUGUAUCAUAGCAAAGGAAAUGUUUAAAACAGA